AUGGGUGCUAAGGUGCUGACACCGAAACUCACAACUAGCCGUCGUCAACAAGCAGAUUCCGAAUGUUCGAAUGCUUCGAGUAACUCUUCAGAGUUUAGCGACGAAUCCUCUCAAAGUGGCAACUGCUGUAUUUGUCAAUCAUGUUGUAAGCCAUUCCAAACCUAUAGCGAGUUAAAAGCUUAUAGUGCAUCUGAGGCCAACUACGAGAAAGACAAUGUGCUGAAGGUGUUCAAAAUGGGAAAUGAUGACAUUCAAGAUCAGAUAUCACUGGAUGGUACAGAUAGAAAGGAUUACGGCAAAAAAACGAUAUUAUUGGGUGGUACUGAUGGAAAGAAUAAUGGACACGCGGUGGGUCACGAUGCUGACACUGAAUCAGUAGAAGCAAAAGUGCAUGAAGAUUCACAACGGUCACGAGUGCAUUCUGAAAGUGGGACAUCGACCAGCAGCGGAUUCACUAAAUCGGAUGCAUGUUCAAAACAAGUGGAUCUUAAAAGCUACGAAAAAACACCUUCAUCAAAUGAUAAACUAAACAGUUCAUCACCUCUCAACUCCGAAAGUAUUGAUAGAAACAUCUCAAAUAUUGCUGAAGAUAUGACAGAACUAACCAAAUCAAAUACUUCCACAGCUACGUUAAAACAUCAGGAUAUUACAAGUGUAAGGGACAAUAGUCAGCUAUCCCACCAUUCAUCUGACACAACAAAAAGGUUAUCAUUUCAUGGAAAAAUUACAAUCAUUUGA